GGUCUUUUAUUUUGCAACGCAAUAUUAUGAAGUGUCUUGGAGUUUCUCACUAACUGCAUAAUAUUUGAAUACAUUUUUCCAAUUACACAUGCCUAUACAACUCGAUAACAAGUCUUCAUCCAACGUCGAACGAUUGGAUAGAUCCUUUAUGAGAAACGGUGUUUAUCAUAUCGGUGAACAUCCUGAAGGGAUUUCUCCUAUAGAAGCUGUAAAUUUGUAUCGCGAUAGCCUUUCGUUACAUGAGAGGAAAGAAAUUUUGCGCUACGAGAAAGUACGUUUUUUCUUGAUUUGAAAAUCGGGUUAUUUAGUUCUAGUAAUCUAACUCAUAUUAUAGUAUUUAAUUCAUGUAGAAAUUUUCAUUCAAAAAUUUGCAGUUUGUAAAUCAUUCAUGAAUUGUUUAGAAGCGUCAACGAUACUUUAAUACAAAAUACGAACUUAGAUGAAUACAUAUUUUAUUUCAUCUUUCGGCUGUGCUUUUUUCAAUUUUGCACAUACAAAUCUAACUAUAUCAAAAAGCGGAUUCAUGCAGAAAAUCAUUUAUAGUCUAAAAAGGGAACUCCUUUUUUCAGUCGUCAACUGCUCUCAUCUAAAUUUUCUAUGUUGGUUGUACAGUGGACAAACAUUCAAUGUCAAAUUGUUCACAAUUUUCUAUGCAAAAAUUUAAUAAUCAAAUAUCACAAUAUUCAAAUGAGAAAUUAAAUCCAAAUCAUAAUAAUAACAACAGUAAUCAUAAUAAUAAUCCAGACAACCAAUCAAUGUUCAAUGAUUCUGAUAACUUCUACCGUAUUAUACAACAUGAUCAUAUUGCCUAUCGUUAUGAGAUUUUAUCACUUCUUGGUAAAGGUAGCUUUGGUCAAGUUGUUUCAGCCUAUGAUCAUAUGAAAGGAUGUAAAGUUGCUUUGAAGAUAAUUCGAACAGAACCACGUUUUACACGUCAGGCACGUGAAGAGAUACGUAUUUUGGAGACAUUAAGGAAUAUGCGUGAAUGUUCUGGUGGUGAAUUAAAUCGUUAUGAUUUUCCAAUUAUUAAUUUAUAUGAACAUUUUACAUUUCGUAAACAUAUUUGUAUGACAUUUGAAUUAUUAAAUAUUAAUUUAUAUGAUUUAUUAAAAUUGAAUAAAUUCACGGGUCUACCAAGAGAUCGUGUACGACGUAUAUGUUAUCAAGUAUUAAAAGCUUUACAAUUUAUACAAAAAGCUGGAAUUAUACAUUGUGAUUUAAAACCAGAAAAUAUUCUACUUGUUUGGCCACAAUUACCAGAAAAUGAAAAUACUACUAAUAAUACUACUAAUUAUCAAUAUGGUGAUAAUUAUCUUAAAAAAAGUCAACAACAUCAAAAUCAUUAUAAUGGUAAUAAUAAUAAUAAUAAUGAUAAUGGAUAUGAUUCAAUUAAUCAUUUACGUUCAAUGUGUCAACGUGUAACAGAACAAAAAGAUUAUGUAAAAUUAAUUGAUUUUGGUUCAAGUUGUUUUCAAAAUGGUCAACCAUAUCCAUAUAUUCAAUCAAGAUUUUAUAGAGCACCAGAAAUUCUGCUUCGUUUAGGUUAUAAUGAAGCAAUUGAUACAUGGAGUUUUGGAUGUUUAGUAGCGGAACUAAUAAAUGGUUUACCAUUAUUUCCUGGGGAAGAUGAAGCUGACCAAAUGGCUUGUAUCAUGGAAGUAUUAGGUUUACCACAUCCAAAUCUUUUACGUCAUUCAUCUGAAUUAGAUCGUUAUUUCAUUGAAUUCAAAUGUGAUAAACUGAAACCAUCUACAUUGGAGUUUAUGGAUAAAAACGGUGUACGAUUAUGUAGAGAUGUUGUAUAUCUACCACGUUAUUGUUCAGUACGUUAUCCAGAUGGUGAUAAUCCUCCACAAUUAUUACCAGGUCUUUCAAAGCGAGGUGGACAUGUUCGUGGUAUACCAAGUAGUUUACCAUUACUUCAAGCUAUUACUCAAUCAAGACUACGUCGUUAUAAACGUAAAGAUACACGUAGUGUAUCCAAUUUAUCAACAACAAUGAAUUCAACCAAAAUGUCAGAGGAAGAAGAAAUCUACUUAGAUCAAGAUAAUGAAUUAGUUGUAAAUUUACUAUCAUCCUGUUUAACUUGGUUACCUGACGAACGAAUUCAACCAAAUAAAGCAAUUCUGCAUCCAUGGUUUAACCAUUUCUAUAAUAAUAAAUCCACUAUUGGGUUUCGUUCACAAUUACGUGUUAGGAGUAUGGAAGUAUCAAAAUUUGCACCAAAUAAUAGUAAAUUAGCUAAUGAAAUUAAUGAACGUUAUUUAAUUCAUGAUCAUCGCAAUGGUCAUGAGUCACUGAAUAAAGACUCAUUGAAUAAAAUCAAUGGAUUUUGUAAUAAUGGAAGACGAAAAACAUCACGAUUAAAUUUAAUUAAUAAUCAUUUAGUCAAUUUUGAUAUUACACCUAAUAAUUCCAUUGUAGACGAUUCAGUGAGAAAUAACCAUGAAACUGAUGUAAAGCCAUGUAUGGUUGAUGCACAAAGUAGUCCGAUUCAAGAAGAAGAAUUAAAAAAAACUCGUCGUAACUCUCAAAUUACCAUAGUGCAACAACAGCCGUCAUACAUGGUUACUGUUUCUAAUUCACCAAAUAAAUGUUCAAAAAAUUUGUCACAUUCAACUCAACAUACUGAUAAGCUUUCUUCUUCUGGGAAUCGGCGUGUUACAUUAGUUUAUUCGAACAAUAACAGUAGUAAUGUUAAUGAUAAUAGAACAAUAACAACGACCACUCCGGUCACAACGACGAUGGUUGCUACUACUGCUAAUAGCAGUAAUCAAGGUGUCGAUAACAAGUCAACCGUAUCAGAUGACAAUCAGGAAGGUCGAUUACUGUCUGUGAACUUAUCAUUUAAUCACUUAAACAAUGAUAAUAGCAUUACUAAAACCAAUAGUAGUAAUAUUGAUGGUGCAUGUGAUGAUGUUAAUAUUAGCAAUAUAACUAGCAGUAGUAUAAUUCAUAUGAAUAAAAAUAUUUUGAAUGAUAGCACUAUCAAUAACAGUAGUAGUAGCAAUAGUAGUAAUAACAGCAAUGCCAACACCAGUGCUCUUGACGUAAUACUUCAAAAUUCAGAUUUACUUACAUCAGUUCGUCGGUCAUCACUUAUUGGAUCCUUGACAGAAAUCAAUAAUUUAAAUGGAACCCAGUCCGAAGUUGUUGUAGAAAAAACACGUCCCCUAAUUCAUACCAAACCUGAUGCAAUAUAUCAAAGUAAAAAACGAUUAGAUCGUAACUCAACUAAUAACAGUGAUCGACCAUUAUCGGAAUUCACUCAUCAUCACCAUCACCAAAAUAACCAACAUCCGAUUACGGAUUACGGUAAGACCAAAAUUAUCACAGAAAAUGAAAUUGAUAGCCCGACGUUUCUGAUCACAGGUCAUUGCUCUGACUCAACACCUCAUCUACCGAAUCUUACGUCAUUUAAUAUCAACCACAAUAAUAAUAAUACAAAUAGCACGAAUGCGACAGUGUGUAAAAUCACAAAUUCACCAAAUCGAUAUUCAUAUUCCAAUUUGCAUCAAUCGGUACCAUUUGUAUCUUCAUUGACGAUUGACAAAUCUUUAAACAAUAGUAUGAAUAAUAUUGUAAGUAUACAAAAAAUGAAGCUUACCACUGAUGUGGGCAUGAUAAAUGCCUCAGCCAAACGAUAUUCCGUCCCAACACGUACAAAGUUGAUUGAUAUACCACAAGCAGAAUACGAAAUACCUAUUACUGAUCAUAAUAAUAGUAGUAUUAAUUACAAUCAUAUCAAUGAUUACGCUAAGCAGGAUAUUCAUUUUAUUCCAGUUACAUCAUCACAUGUGAUAAUUUCAACGGAUUCAGGUAUUUCGCACAAAUUAAAUACAACGCAUGAUAAUAGCACUAGUAAUAUAACAAGUAACUGUCAUUAUGAAACACAGUGUAGAUAUCCCUCUAGCCAUUACAGUCAACAACAAUGUGAUACAUAUUACAGUCAUAAAAACAACUAUCAAUACCGUCAGCAACAACCGCCAUCACAACAUCAAGAACAGUUCAAUCGUCAAACCUCCUGUUGGUUGGCUAACAACAACAAUAACAGCUGUUACAGUAAUAACAAUCGCAAAAAUUUGAACUUUAUAAGAAACCAUACAGAUCCAAAAGAACAUUCCCUCAACAGUCAUUUGAAUGGGAUCAGUUCAAAUAUUACAGGAAUGAAUAGUGGUAGCACUUUGAAUUCGACUAUUACACUUCCAGAAAUCGCCCCAAAACCACCAGCUCGUACAAAAUUAAUUAUUUCGAACAGUAUUAAUAAUGAUACUUCUAAUAAUAUUGAUUACAAAAACCCAUCAAGAUGGCGUUCAGUUAAAUCAUUAUCAUCAGAAGACUAUGGUUCUGCAAAUUUAUACGGCCCACAGCCUUAUUGUCAACCAACUAUUGAAUCACAUAAAAUUAUUGUACAAAGAUUACCUCAAUUCAAUUUGAAUAACAGUAAUAAUAAUGGUCAUAGUGGUUAUACAGAUCAAAUUUCAUCUUAUUAUACUCAAUAUGAAACUUGAAACAAGUAGUCUUAAUACUUCACCCUAUACUUUUAUGAAUUUAAAGCAUUCUCGUAUAUAUUUACUGUUCUAUUUAUCAGAGUUGUAUAAACGUGUUUUCUUAAAGAGGAAUGUAUGUAUGAAUGAUUGUAUAAUUAUUACUUUUUCAACUAUACAUAUAAAUAGAUUAACCAAACAAUAAUUUUAUUCUUAUUUCAGAGUAUACACUAAUUCCUCAAUCUUCAUAUGUCUAUACAUGUGUGUAUCCAUCACUCUCAUAUACAUGCACGUAUACAAACUUUGAUAUGUAUUUAGGUUUCAUUUCUCAUGCCUUUUUUAUGCAACACAAUUAGUUGACAAUAGAAAUUAGAUGCCUUUUUAAUUUAACAAAAGUAGUAAUCACUUAAUCCGGUUUUAUUUUCUCGCUCUACAUGCACACACUAUAGGCUUAGUUAUGUAUGUGUGUACAUUUGCAGUGCGUUGUGUGCAUGCAUAAAGUGUAUUUCAAUAAUAUACUCAAUAAAUACUAUUUCCCACCAGUCACGUGCCAUAUAUAUAUAUAUAUAUAUAUAUAUAUAUAUAUAUAUAAUCCACCUUCACAAAAUGCUUUAGUUGUCAACUGCCUUUUCAUUGUGUACACCUACUAACAUUUUAUGCAUCAGAAUGAAUUAAGAAAUAUUACAUGUAGACUAACAAACUGAGAUUGAUUAAAGAGACCAAAGUAAAGAAAAUGGACAAUAACGUCUUUCAAUAAUCUUUGUUUUUAUAUUGAACAAAAUAUUAUUAUUACUGUUAUCUGAUAUGUAACUUUAACUUUGUCUUUUUUUGAGCCCCCCCCCAACUUGACAAUUAAAUCUUAUAAUUCAUCAGGUUUCCUAAUUCUUUGUUUUAUACAUAAUCUCUAUUGUCUGCUUAUUUUUUUUUGACAAACUUAACAAUACACAAAAUAUUAUCACUAAUCAAUAACCAUCAGUGAAGUGAUUAACCAUUUUAAUAAACCAGUUAAUUUUCUUUAAUAAUCAAACAAUGUUCGUGUUAUUUUUGAUGUUUACUGAUUAUUAUUAUUAUUGUCUCAUUUAUUUUCACAUUUCCAAAACAUUUCCCUUAUUUACCAAUUCACUUACUGUGAAAUUUCAUCUGAAUUUUUUAAAAAUUAUUUUCUAUCAAGUUCAGCUGAUGUUUAUUUUCUUGAUGAAUUAAUAACUCUUCGCGAGUCUUUUCUUCUUUGUUUCUUCUUAUUAUUCAAUUUUUUUGUUUUUCCUCAUUGUUUUAUGAAUGAUUCCUUCGAGAAUUCUUUUUUUUCUCAGAAAAAAAUUUUGUUUAUUAGAACGAUUUUCUCUUUUUUUUUCUUCAUUUGCAGAUAAUGAAUAAUACAAAGAAUUAUGUAAUUAAUUUCUUUUUUGUAUUUUUAUUUAUGUUAAAUUUCACUUUAGUUAUUUAUCGAAAUAAAUAAUCACUAAGUGACUAGUUACUUGAAAGAUAAUUUUUUUG